CACGCACGCACGCACCUUGCUUGGAUCCAUCCAUGGACGCCUGUCGCCUGGUCCUAGUUCUCGGCCUCCUCGCGGCCGUGGCGCCGCUGGCCUUCGCCGAGCUCUCCGCCGACUUCUACAAGGACUCCUGCCCGGAUGCCGAGAAGAUCAUCGCCACCGUCAUCGAGAAGAACCUCAAGGCGGACCCCGGCACCACCGCCGGCCUCCUCCGCCUCCUCUUCCACGACUGCUUCGCCAAUGGGUGCGACGCGUCCAUCCUCAUCGACCCGCUGUCCAACCAAAGCUCGGAGAAGGAGGCCGGUCCCAACAUCUCGGUGCGCGGCUUCGAGAUCAUCGACGAGGCCAAGAAGGAGCUGGAGGCCAAGUGCCCCAACGUGGUGUCCUGCGCCGACAUCAUCUCCCUCGGCACCCGCGACGCCGUGCGCCUCUCCGGUGGCCCGGACUACGCGGUCACAACCGGCCGCCGCGACUCGCUCGUCUCCAACCGCGAGGAGGCCGACGACAACCUGCCCGGCCCGGACAUCCCCGUGCCCAAGCUCAUAGCCGACUUCGUAAAGUCCGGCUUCACCGCCGAGGAGAUGGUGCUGCUGCUCGCUGGCGGCCACAGCAUCGGCAAGGUCAGGUGCAUCUUCAUCGAGCCAGACGCCACGCCCAUGGAGCCGGGCUACCACGCCAGCAUCAGCAAGCUCUGCGACGGGCCCAACCGGGAUACAGGCUUCGUCAACAUGGACCAGUCCAACCCCAACGUCGUUGACAACUCCUACUUCGCCAACGCCAUCGCCGAGAAGAUGCCGCUCACCAUCGACCGCCUCCUCGCCAUCGACUCCAAGACGGGGCCCAUGCUCAAGGACAUGCUCAACAAGCCCACAGACUUCCUGCCAGCAUUCGGCAAGGUCAUGGAGAAGCUCACCACGCUCAAGGUCAUCACCGGCAAGGACGGCGAGAUCAGGAAGACAUGCACCGAGUUCAAUAACCCCAUGACCUCCGACGGCCCCUCGGUCAUACGGAUCAGCUCCGUCGACCCCGAGGACCUGGAUGGCUUGUCGGCCGGCAACAAGCAGGAGCAGGUGUCAAGCAUCGUCUCGCAGGGGACAAAGGAAAAGGACGCACAGCAGGCGGUCCCCGACGACAAGGCGGCCGGUGCCACCAAAGCGCACCACAAGAAGGCUUCCGGCAGGCACAUCAAGCUCCGCGGCGCCAACCCCGAGUAGAAGCAGUGCGCGUGAGCGCGUCAGUAUACUGCUGCACCACGUACGUAAUUACGAGCUGUCGUCCCGUCCCCCGCACCGGCGACGCGCGUAGGCCUCCAUCAGCAGUCUCUCCAUCAAAUUCGUUAAUUGCAUUUCGAAAUAUUCUUCUUCUUCAUCUCAGUACCCUCUCCCUUGAUUGUAGAAGGAAUGAGCGACGUACUAUACUACGGCUAGUUAAUUAUAACUAAUAGGUUUGGUUCAACUUUUCUGUAACUAAUGUCGCGUCGAGUUUUAAACAGCGACCAAAGCACUCUGGUUUGUUUCA